GUGGAACGGAGCAAAAUUCAAAAGCUUAUUUUCAGAAAUUUCAUGUUCCAAAUUUUGAAAGUUGAUGUUUUUGUAUUUCAUAUUCAAAAGUGAAGUGGUCUUUUGAGUCCGUGGCUUUGCGGUUCGACAAUAGAAAUGUCUGGAUUACUCAUCGUCUUAUUCAUGGCGACACUGCAACUGUCCCGGUCAAAUGUGACCGAAGAUGGAUAUCUCCGGUACGUCAAGGACAGCUGCUUUGUUAAGGGAGAGGCUAUUUCUUGUGUCAAGUACAAGGGCCUCAAAGUCAUCAAGGAAACCUUUUUUGGAGAUAACAACAACGAAACGAUCAAGACAAACCUAUUCAGUCUGGUCCCGUUAGAUGUGGAAACCAUCAACAGCUUGGGCGUGAAGAAAACAGUAAGGGACGUAAAACCAAGAGGAUUCUUGUCUGAAUGGGCCGAGUUUGCUAAAUACUUGAUGCGGCUGGUGCAGGACUUCCUGAACGUCAAAGGUCUGAAGGUGGAAAUACCAGAGGGAGCCAGAACCGUGGAGGAGGAAACGGCUGAUGAUGGUCGUGGUAAAAAGAAGAAGUUGGCUGUUGUAAUACCGCUGCUAACGUUGCUCGCUGUGAUCAAGAGCAAGUUCUUGCUGCUUCCAAUCCUGCUGGCAGUAAUGCUAAUCAAGAAGCUGCUGCUGGCAGCUGCUUUCCUCCUGCCGAAUCUACUGAGCACAUUAAAGGCUUGCAAACACCACUCCAUGCCGCAUUAUUCCUACUUCGGCAGCUCCGAUAGCAGCGACUUCAAUUCGGACUACGGCAGCAGCUACGCCUACUCCUCGGGAGCAGGGGGAAAAGACUGGGCGUCUAACCGAGCGUAUUCUCCAAAGAACAGGCCGUCACCAGCCCCUAUGUACAUCACAGCCCCGGGCGCUGUUGCUUAAUUACACUCCUGACUUCGCACAGGUGUAAGAAAGUCACAAAACUGAGUUAGGUACAAGCGUCAUUUACGCCCUCAAACAUACUGCAUGGAAAACGGUGGGUCAGCUUAUAGUCAAGACAUUAGAGUCUUAACUCGGAUUAUAUUUGACUUAGGGGACUUAUAGGAUUGGUACACCGCGCGUAAUUCGUUUCCAAAUGAUUCUUGUCCACCUGAUGAUUGUCUGGAAGAGAUCGCUCUCUCUCUCUAUCUCUCACUCUCUCUCUAUUUGACUUAUACCAUAGUCCGGCAGUGGCUUGAACGUAGACAAUUCAAAUAAUGCCCAAUAACAAUUUAUUCAUUAUGCUUAUCAGCCCACAGUCAUCAUUCUUAUACCCUUCUCCUAGUCACCUAAGGUCGGCGCAACAUGUUUUCUCCUUCCAUACUCUUCUAUCAUAUACCAUUUCUUCGCUCACUCCACUCUUACAUAUAUCAUCUUUCACGCAAUCCAUCCAUUUCUUCUUAGAUUUACCUCUUCCUCUAUAUCCUUCCACAUUCAUAGUUAUCACUCUCUUACCAAGCUCAUUUUCAUUUCGUCUCAUCACAUGCCCAUAGUAUCUCAAACGCGCACUUCUUAGCUUCUCUCUCACAGGUGCCACUUUCAGACUUGCUCAGGCUUACCAGCCUACAGUAUCAGUUUAAGCUGAUCUUAAAACAAAUCUUUCAGCUAUUUCAGAUUUUCUAUUAAAAUAGGGAUGGAUUAUAUUUUUUAUGUUUGUGACUUUUUUUCACCCGAGAUCACGGGAAGUUUCUCUUCGAGUGGUACGGGUUAAGGGAAAUUGUGACUGAUAAUUUAUUUAUUUAUUAUAGUUUUAAUUCGUUAAUAAUCGCAGUAUUAAAUAUUAUUUAGAUUAAUAAUUUUAUACUUUUGAAUGCAUUUAUAUUAUUAUUUCUAUUAAUUUAUUUGUAAAUAAUAAUAAAAACUACAUUUUUAAA